AAAAAAAGUUCAUUGUGAUAAAAAAAUUAUAUUACACGAAAAUCUUGUUAUGGCAAUGCUGGCUGUUUGAAAAAAUCAAUAAUCCCACUAGCUAACCACUUUUUGCAAUUAACCGUACAGCUGUUGGCGAUAACGAUACGGACAUGCGCAUAGCGCCGUUGCAUUGGCACUUUGUCAAAUUUAGCCUCGAUGUAGUCAUAGAAGUAGUAAGAGAAAAUUGCAAUCAAACAAAGGCAUAUCAAAUUUAGCAAACUAAUUUAGCGAUACGUCUGAGGUGACGGCCAGAAAUGCCUAUCAUGGAGGAUAGCGGUAUCGAUAGUGAGGAUAAGCAGUCGAACAAUUAUGAGGAUUCAACAGUGCCAAGAAUGGAAAAAAUAACAACACCAAUAAACACAAUGACUGAGGUCUAUGAUGCGUCUGCAGUUAGCCAUAUGGCGGACUUGGAGGUCGUCUUCCGUGGUAGCAGCGGUCCAACGAUGGGCAGUAAUGCAAAUGCAGUCGUGCCGGAAGCCACGACGCAUAAAACGACUGUCACAAAAGCAGCAACGUCAGCAGCGUUAACAGCUGGCGACAGCGAAGAUGAUUCCACAGCGACCAGCAAUCAACCGGCACCGAACACCUGUCGCAUACUGCAGCGCAAGCUGGAGCUCAAAGUGGAGCGUGCGAGACGCAACUUUAGCCAACACCAGCAGCAGCAGGAGCAGAUACGAAAAUCGCAAUCCGCUAAUCUCAUACCCAUUAGCCGAUUGCCCAUACCAGGCGAUUCGGAGCAGAAACCACUUGUAGAUUAUAAGUCCGAUAGCAGCGAUGAACCAGAGGAGAUUUCCUUCUUCCCAGCUAAACUGAAAAAUGCUCAGCGACAGCGCAAAACGGAACUUAGCGACACUUUCAGCAUACAGGAGAUGACUAUAGAAUCCGACUUGGACUCGGACGAUAGCGGUUCGCAAAACCUCGAAUUGUUGCCACCGUUGAGAAAGACGAAUUUCUUGGAGAAUUUGAAGAUUUGCUUCGGUUGUGGGAAUAGAAGAAGCUAACUGCGUUGAGCAGUUGAGCUAAACGGAACAAUGCAAUAAAGAAUCAAGUUGUAGCCAAAUUGUAUACACUAACUUACGAAAAAUAUACAUGAAACGUGCGAAAUGAGUGUGGAGAAAA